AUGCCCUUGGGUCGCUGCCAACGCAAUGUCUCUUUUUAUGAUGCCGCCCGCCCUGAUGUAGUCCUUGGAGGGUUCUUCCAGAAUGGCUCUAUAACCGAGGCAAACUUUCUUGACAUCCUCGAAAUCUUACUUGUCGUUACGGGGGGUCCUCUACGUGUUCAAGAGAGGAUAUCAAGCCAUCUCAUAUCCAGAACAGACAUGCAACUCGAAACGGGAGUAUACGAUAUUUAUUGUGAUGGUAUGUGCUAUAUUCGCCCUAUUUAAUAGGCAGCCCAAUUGCUAAUUCCCCCAGCUAUCAUCCAAGUCAGUGAUGACCCUUGGACACACCGGUUAAUUUCUCAUGUUGAGCCCGUUGGAGAACAUGGAUUCUGUCAUAAAGUCCGCCAUCGCGACAGAAAAUGUGUUAUUUCGGGACUAUCAAAUCCUGAAAUCCUUAUCCAGGCCGACAGCUGGAUAGCUUUCGAGGCUGUCCAUAUCUUCCCCUCCGAGCAUGAAAGUCUUUGGAUACAGUCUGAUUAUCAACGGUGGAUCACCGACAUGGACGAUGCCAACAGAUCUUCGAAGAUCAACUCACCUCAAAACGGAUUCCUUCUCCAGAGUACUGCUCGGCAAAUGUUCAAUCAGUACCUGAUCUCCGUUAAUCCGGACGAUGGUUACAAGGUAGUUGUGUUUACCAUCGAUUUUCUUCAAUGGGACGGUAGAAUUCUUGAUCCUGCAUGCCAAAACCCCGCCGAUCCCCACCAUGUGUCCGAUCAGCUUCUAAGGUGGCAUUUCCGCCAAUCGAUCCUAGCGAAUGUCAGAGGAGCAGGAGAACCGACCUUCGAGCACGACUUCCCACCGGGGACCGAUAUGGUGGGUGAGAUCAAUGCUGGCCCGUAUGGACGAGAAAGAUUUGAGUUAGAGAUAGCCACUAGGUUGCGGGGGGUUUCA